CUGAAGCACUGUCCCUCUGUCGUUUGGUCGGCGUGGGGGAAGUACCUGGCAUGGGGACCGGGGUGGUCGCUGACCUUCCAUUGCAUUGCAUUGCUUCCAACAUCGUCGAGCCUUGCCCUCCUCGCUCCUCCCCCCUCCUUUCCUCUCUUUUCCCUCCUCUCCUCUCGUCUCUGGCUAGCCAGAGAGCGAGCGAGAGGAAAGGCCACCGACCCGCCGAAGAGCGUCCUGUCACCACCAUCUGCCCCCGACUUCGCUUCAUCUAUGUCUUGCCUGCGCUGUCCCGCCAGCCUGCUGCCAUUCCCUUAGCAAGCCCCACCCGUAUCGGCACCCUGAGCCAAAACGAUCGACCCCUCCGCGCCUGCCUGCCUGUCUGCGCGCGCACACCUGUCCGCAGACAGUUUCUCAAACUCUAAACAAAAAGAAUUUCUCUGCCAUCUCGAAACUCCCACCGUCGUUUCCGGUGCCCUCGAAAGGGUAUGAAUGAAAUGAACGCCCAGCCGCCGUGGUCGGCUGCGGAGCACUUCGAUCCCAUGAACGCCGCCCCAGCACCACAUGACUUUGACCUGCUCGACUUCGAGAACAUCGAUCUAGACUUUGAUUUUGGCCAGCCCGAGCAGAGCGACACGACCCGCCAGCUCGGCCAGCUUGCUGAGGAACUCAAUGUUCAACACUUGCACAGCGCUUUCGACGCUACACAUGUACCACGAGAUGGCCGCGAUCCGUCCGCCGUGGGGGACGCACAACAGCAGCAACAGCAACAACAGCAGCAACAGCAACAACAGCAACAACAACAUCAACAUCUCCACCAGCGACAACAGCACCAACAUGCCGUGCCCCAAGGCUCCAACUUCUUCGAUUUCAGCAUGCCCGCCUACUCGCAGAGUGUGCCCGCCUACACCCACGCGCAGCACGACCAGAUCUUCCGUCCUCAUGCCCCGGUACCACCCACCCCGAGCAGUGUUGAAAUGCACCCGGAUCAAGCCCGCUACCUGCAACAGAUGGAGGCCCAGCAGGCCAUGUUCGAGCAGCGCUACCCAAUGCGCAAAGACGAUAUGACUUUCACGCCACUUGUCUCGCCUGCGGUGACUCCCCAUGAAGCCCGCUUUCGCUCGCAAGACAUGACCACCGUGCCGGGCGCAUACUUCAGCCCCCUGACGUCUCCAGCAUUGACCGCACAGGGGCACUCUCAAUCUCAGCCUCAGUAUCCCACUACGUCGGGCAGUUCCACAGGCGCGUCGCCCAUUAACAUGGAUCUGGACGCUUUGAGUGAACCAGCCUUACCCCCAGGAGAACAGCAAGGCAGAAAACUAAGAAGCAGCAAGAAAGGUGCACCUCGCUCAGCUGCCCCCGCGCGUGUGCGCCAAUCGCCAAUCGUCAAACCUGGAAAGCGGAAAGCAACGGUUUCUUCGCUGAUUCCCCCAAAGGAAGUUUCUGAUUUGUUGGAAGAAGCACGAGGGAGUCGGUCGCACGGGCAUGGAAACGACACGCGACUCAGCCGGGACAGCUCAGAGACAGAUUCGAUAUCUCCGGAACCUCUCUCAGACAUGGGUCCUCCGCCAAAACCAGUAUCCGUAACCCCUUCACCUGCCAUGCUGGCCCAGAACCAUCAAGCUGUGGGUCAUGGUGUUUCUCCAGCUACGCCAGCAUCACUUAUGCGCAUCCAUCCAUCGCCUACGUUUGACGCUUCUGAAGAACCCCCGCCCUUGGACGAUCUGACGCUGCCCGAAGCAACUCUUACCACACGGCCUUCUCUGACUCGCCUAGAUACUGCGAUUCAAAAUGGAGGAGAGCAAGACACGCCUCGUCUCUCUGCGCGGAAAACGCCCAAGCUAUCAGCCCAACAGACGCCAGGUUCAGCCAUUUUAUCCGGUAAACCGAGUCCCAUGCUCAACGGCAUGUCUACACCCACCAGUCCCGCUUUUGUAUCCGGUGUGAAGAGGGGAGAUCCCAAAUCAGGACGGCUGUCAUCCAAGAAACGAAACAGUGUAAGCUCGACGCUGGUCAGUCCCGCGUUAAGGCCAAAGAUAUCACCGAGUAUCAAGCCCCUACUCCCCGAUGGAGGUGUCCGGGACGAAACCCAUGCGCUGCUGCUUGCUUCCAAAUCCAAUUAUCAGAACAUCCUCGACGGCACCACUGUUCCUGGUGUUGUCUACCCUACUUCAUUAUCUACAAAUCUCACGUCCAAACGCACUUCGCACAAGAUUGCCGAGCAAGGCCGCCGCAAUCGCAUCAACACGGCUCUACAGGAGAUGCAAGCACUGCUACCGUGCUCGCCGCAGAUUGACGGUAAAGAGGCCAAAAGUCCCGAUGUCGGUGGGCUCCAGUCCAACAAUUCCAAGGCCGCCAAAGUGGAGAGCGCAAUCGACUACAUCAAACAGCUUCAGCAACAGUGCUUGGACAAGGACAAGCUGCUCGACCAAAAGGACCAGGAAAUGAAAGCUCUACGGAAGGAGUUAGCCGCUCUCAAGACCAGCACUCCGGCGGACGCUACAGCCCCACGCUCUGAAGCGACGUCACCAUCAGAAGACAGCACGAGCUGA